AUGAGCCUGCAGAGGGGGUGGCGGGCAACCCAGUCUGGGGCUGGGAGGGAGGUCCUGUGGCCAGAGGAGACGGUGGAUGGGGCUGGGGGCACCAGGCGUGCUGGAGGCGGAGGGCGGGAGAUUUGGGGACCAGGCUGCACAGAACCCGUUGGAAGCAGGGCGAUCAGCCGGGAGCUGCAGAGGCCUGGGGGGCCUCUAGCCCAGGGCAGCCUGGGAGGGGCAGCUGCCUGGGCACCCGGGCCCCGCGAGGAGGGGCUGGGGCCUGCUGCGGGGUCGCAGACGUGUCCCGGUGCUCGGAGAGGGCCGCAGGGCGCGUGGGCCGUGGGCGGGAGGCCGCGCUGCUGGGAGCUCACGGCCCCCGCCCCCCGUCCCAGGCUGUUCCUCAGCCACCCGCAGACCAAGACCUACUUCCCGCACUUCGACCUGCACCCGGGGUCCGCGCAGUUGCGCGCGCACGGCUCCAAGGUGGUGGCCGCCGUGGGCGACGCGGUGAAGAGCAUCGACAACAUCGGCGGCGCCCUGUCCAAGCUGAGCGAGCUGCACGCCUACAUCCUGCGCGUGGACCCGGUCAACUUCAAGCUCCUGUCCCACUGCCUGCUGGUCACCCUGGCCGCGCGCUUCCCCGCCGACUUCACGGCCGAGGCCCACGCCGCCUGGGACAAGUUCCUAUCGGUCGUGUCCUCUGUCCUGACCGAGAAGUACCGCUGA